AUGGUGCGUUGUAGUGUUAAAGGGUGUAAAAGUGAUAGUGGAACGAAAAUACCGCACUUGUCGGUUCAUUCUUUUCCUGAAAAUGAUAAUUUACGUCGAAAUUGGAUUAUAGCUACAGGGCGAACAGAUUGGACACCAAAACUGUCAUCAAAAAUUUGCUGCAGACAUUUUGACAAAGAAAGUUUAAUCAAAAAGAAGAAACUUACAUUCUUUGCGGAAAAAGUAUUUUGUCCAAACUUAUUU